UUUUUUUAAGGGAAUUAUUUCUUUUUUUCUGGAAAGGCAGCGAUCUACAGGCUGAGCUCGCGCAGAGGAAGGUAAUGAGGGAUCGCACCUGAAGAUGGAGCUUUUCUGGAUUUUAUUAUUUUCCGUGCUCCACCGCUACGUGCAAACACAAGGAGUUUACGCUCCAGCGAACGCUCAGAUUGUGCAUUCAGGACAGGCGUGUGUGGUGAAAGAGGACAACAUCAGUGAGAGGAUCUACACCAUCAGGGAGGGCGACACACUUGUGCUGCAGUGCCUGGUCAAAGGACACCCGCGCCCUCAGGUGCGGUGGACCAAGACAGCAGGCAGUGCUUCCGACAAGUUCCAGGAGACGUCCAUCUUCAAUGAGACUCUACGCAUCCCCAACAUCCAGAGGGUGCAGGGCGGCCGCUACUACUGCAAAGCUGAGAACGGGGUGGGGGUGGCUGCCAUCAAGUCCAUUCGCGUAGAUGUGCAGUAUCUGGAUAAGCCUGUGCUCACGGUGCACCAGACGGUGGGUGAUGUACGGGGAAACUACUAUCAGGAGAAAACAGUGUUUUUACGCUGUACAGUAAACUCAAACCCUCCUGCUCGCUUCAUCUGGAAACGAGGACUCAAAACAAUCGAACAGAGCAAAGACAACGGCGUGGACAUCUAUGAGCCUCUGUACACACAGGGGGAGACGAAGGUGCUGAAACUGAAGAAUCUCCGUCCAUAUGACUUUGCUAAUUACACCUGUCAAGUGUCCGUACGCAACGUGUGUGAUAUUCCAGACAGCUCCGUCACCUUCCGCCUUACCAACACCACCACACCCCCUGCUCUGAAGCUGUCUGUGAAUGAGACGUAUGUGGUGGAUCCAGGUCAGGACGUCACGCUGGCGUGUGAGGUUACCGCCGGAUUUCCCACACCCACAGUUAGCUGGUCGCGGUACCCGGGGUCUCUCCCUCAGCGCUCGGUGAUCCGCGGCGGGUCACUCACUGUCUGGUCUGUUACGCCCGCUGAUGCUGGCAUCUACAACUGCACAGCCGUCAACAACGUGGGAAACCCGGCCAGAAGAACCGUCAGCCUCGUUGUGGUGUUUGAGGGAAUCAGAGGAAACGGUUUUGAGGGAGACAUCGCUAUCGAUGACGUCUCUGUUACCAAGGGGAAAUGCAGACAAAAGGACAGCGUGGACAAAACAGCAGUUCUGUCUGGGACACACCAGAACCUUCACCUUCUUCCUGUGAUGGUCCAACUGCUCGGCACAAUCUGCCUGACGUUCCUCCUCAGAUGAUACAAAUGACCCCCGAGCACACACCGCCAGCGUAGGACGUCCCCUGCGGCAGCAAUAACUACUGCCCCCCGACACGUGACCACCAUUCCUGCUGCUGCCUCCCUCAUUUCCUCCUGUGAUUCCUGUUGGUUUUGCCUUCACACCAUGUCUACUUUUUCUUUCUCGUCAUCUUUAAGGUCACUUGUUGAGCUUAUAUCUGCUAUGUGGCACCUUUUUAUGUUUUUAUAAGAAUAGCCUCGGUUUAUAUUGUGAUUUAUUUUAACAUCACCUCACUCGUCCCGUUUUCCUAGUGUAUGUAUCUGACACGCAAAAGUGUCAACUGUUACCAAAGAUGACGGAGGGCUUACAGGAUGAAUAGGUGGCUAAAAGAACGACAGGAACGCCCUUUCCCCAAAUGAAACGACUCUUUCCACGGACUCAAGUGCAUGGAGAUGUGAUUCCCUUUGGAAUGCAAGGAAUAACGGUGAGGAAUGGACUGACAGAGUUACUGAUGGAUCUGUACAUGCACGUGUAUAUGAUAUACUGUUUUGGAAAGUAUCAAGCUGCAGAAAAGACUAAAGAUAAAUUCCAACUGCAACUUCUAGGACUAUGACAAUGUGAAACUAAAGAAGCACAAAUUUAUAUCUUUUUUUGGUAGUAUUUUGGGUUCCUUUACGUAGUAUUCUGUCAGUCUGGAUUUGCUGUACACUUCUUGUCGUUUGGCUUUCUUUACCAGAAACCGCGUGCCACUGCUGCAUUGCUGUUCAGUUUUGUUACGAGGUGGAAUUCGGUAAAAACAACACAAUGUGAAUUUUGGACCAGAAAAGCAUCAGUUACCUCACCCUCAAUCUACAAGAUCCGUAAAGCACCUGGACAAAUGUAAGAGAAUGAUCACUUUAGCUUCAAUCAAACUGCCGGGAGAAUGUUGACUCGUUAGGUCUGUCGUUCUCAAUCAGCAAUAGGACUGUACCUCUGACUGCAAUGUACGCUCUUGUCUUUGUGAAUAUGGGCAUAUGACAGAUGGACGCCUCUGGACAGACAAACUGCACUCUUGGCUUUAAUGUUCAAGAAUGUUAUUUUGCAUAGGGUAAGAGAGAAAUUGCACUAAUGUGCGAGCUCUUUAACAAACCUUUUUUUUCUUUUAGAAGUUAGUUGACCUAAAAGUUGGUUCAUCAAUGUUGAAGCAUCCUACAAUAAUGCUGCAUUCCAUUUACUUCCAAAGUCUCGCUUUACAGCUUCCUACUUGGAUAAUUGCAAUAGCUUGCCACAAAGUCACUUAAUUAAGAUGGUGACAUACACCCACGUUAUCGUAAACAUUCACUCUUAAGUAAAUAAAACACAUAAGCUGGGCAAAGUUCCUACAUCAAAUGACGAUAAAACAUGUUUAGCAAAUGCACAUACAAUAACUGCAUAUAAAUGAACACCUGCAGAGCAAAUGCUAGCACUGUGUAGCAUCAUUUAUCCUCCAAUUUGGUUUCUAAA